AUGGCUCCUCCGCUGCAGCCUGCCCUACCUCGGUUCGAACCUUGUGCUUCCACAGCGUCGCUAUUUCUAUAUGCCCAGGGCUCAACAAUCCUAUGCCUUCACCAUGACACAUUGGCAAUUGAACGCCGGUUCCAGAGUCACCAGGAAAACAUUGAUUUCAUUUCGGUGGAUAAUGUCAGCGAGCGGGGUGCGGGGAGAUUGGUCGUCAGUUACGAUGUAGGACAGACUGCGAUUGUCUGGGAUAUUUUCACGGGGACCGAAAUUGCCCGAUUUGCCUCGUUUGAGCAUUUGCGAGUGGCUUCAUGGAUGCGCAAUGGCAAUGUCGCAUUUGGAAACGGGAAAGGCGAAGUUAUUCUGUUCGAACCUCCAACACAAGAACAUAUCUCUGCGCGCACCAUUUUUGACCCGAUUACUGCUAUGGCACCAGCUACAGAUUGUCGUACUCAUGCAAUUGGAGAAACAUGGUCUUGGGACGUCCGAACCAAACACGUUACUUACGACCCAAUUCCCACAAUCGACGGCGUUCGAGGGCUUGCAAACUACGGCCCAACCGCAACUCUCUUCACACUCGGUCCCCAGAACUCAGUACAGCAGUAUGAUUUGGAAAACCCAGCAAUGGUUGCAAACGUGCAGCACCUACCAGUCGGAUCUCGAUCUGGCACAUCAGAGAAUAACAGAUCAAGAACAAUGUCACCACGCCGCCUCCAGGACCCUCCUGAUAUUCGAGAACCAACAAAUGCCGUGCGGCGCACACCGUUCGAUGCAAGUGGAAUUGAAAGUAUCAGACAACGAGCAGAUCUGACAAGCCCUGCCUCCUCCCGGAGCAGGACAGAAUCGGUCAGCUCCAAGGCGUCAUCUUCGAAGUAUAACACCAGGCCGUUUUCUCCGCCCAGUCGUUCUGGCCAGAGUGCCACUACUUUCUCGUUGACAUCGGCUGGUGGUGAUACACCGCAGCCCUCUGCAUCUGCUGCUUCGUUUGCGUACCCAUCUUCUGUCUCUAUGUCGUCUGUGAGAAGUUCAAGGGCGGCAUCGCGGUUGCGGAAUGAGGUCCACCUCAGUCCCGCUGAGAAGAAUAUUGUUGAUUUGUUUCCGUUUACUCGUGCUCGUCUCAAUGAUGUGCCUUACAAGCAGCAACCUCCUCUUGAUGAUCCCGAUCUAACUUCCGAUGAUUUGAGGCAGCAGAUGUUAAGCGUGGUGUUUGGUUGGGAUGGCGAUAUCGAAGAUCUGAUCAGGGACGAGUUGAGCCGCCACGCUGUAGGAAGCCAGAGUGCCAUUCUUUUGGCACAAUGGCUUGGUGAAACUGAUACAGAACAAAUGGCUUCCAUGGUUGCUCCAGGACCUGUAACAACAUCUGACUGGAUGCUUCUUGCUUUGAGCCAAAUGAGUGGUCAAGCCCAAGGGAACAAAGUUGGACAAGCAUUUGUCCAGAAGCUGCUCGAGGUUGGAGACACGCACACUUCAGCUGCUAUUUUGCUUGGACUCGGUGACAGCAAUGAUGCAAUUGAAGUCUAUGUUUCUCGGAAUCAUUUCAUGGAAGCUAUCCUGAUGACAUGUCUACUUAUGCCAUCCGACUGGCAGCGACAGUCAUAUCUUGUUCGUCGAUGGGGAGAGCAUGUCGUCACCCAUUCCCAACAGCAGCUUGCAAUUCGUUGUUUCAUGUGUACCGGCGUGGAGCCAUCUGAGCCAUGGGCAUCGCCGUCUGCACAACAAGCCGCAUCCUUUGCGGAGAUGAUUCGAGCGAAAUCCCCUCUUGCUUCGCCAGAGCCAUCACAGGCCAAUAUAUCAAGCAUGAUGCCUCCACCAAUUCGACCAAGAUCCGCAUCCAACCAAAAGCCUGCGGCGAAGACUCCAGCGCUGAAGCUCAUUACCUCGUUCGACGCGCAACCUAACCAACGCUUCCGUUUCCCUGGGUUGAAGUCUGAUGAUCGUACCCCAACUAAUGCUCCGGGGAUCACGCCAAUCGCUGAAUCUGCCGUUCCAGAUUCCGCACUGUCUCCUGGUGGUCUCGGAUCAUGGAAACUCAACAAUAUCCAAAGCCUGAACCAUGCAAUGACCUCUCGAACUAAUACCCCUUCUUUCAACCGACGUCGUCUGCCCUCAAUCGGAGAGACACCAGUGGAUGUGCAUCCUCCCACGUUCUCACGGUCUAAUUCUAACAGCCAAAAUGAGUACGGAUCAACUUCAGAGAACGAGACGAGUGGUCACGAGCACAGUCAAGAUGAAAGGGAGAGUGACAGUGGUCUUUUAACUCUACCAUCUGCGAGAUACGACCCCAAAAAUGACUCUCUGAAACCCAGUCCCCAGACUGCUGUGCAAGGAACAGACAAGUUUGCGACCAUUAAGGGUCUUCCAUCUCCAGCAGCCGGUGUGUUUGAUGCUCUCACCAACGAUGACCACCGCAAUGGUUCUCGGGAUCGCAAACCAGACGGCCUUCAAAUUGAGCUACUAGAUAGCGAACGAAAUCACCAAGAUCGCUCAGAUUUAGUUCCUAGCGCCAGGAGCACGGCUUCAACGACGAAUAGUUUCACUUCCGCCAAGAGUCCAAGCGUCAGCGGUCGAAGCAUUGAUCAAUACAUCAGCAGCCUCGACGAAGCGAACUUCCAUGCACGCAAGUACCGUGGCCCUCAUACACCCGGUCGCGGAAGACGAAAUACAGACGAUGCGGCCAGCCAGAGCUCGCGCAUUCACCAAUCACGAGAUGCCUCCAGGGAUACUCGCGGCCGGAAUGAUCGUCGCUAUAUCCAGCCUGCUAAACGCUCUCCCUCUUCACCGGUGCCUAUGUCUCCUGAAGAAUUGGCCCGCUAUGGCGCCGGCGAGUCUGAAAAGCCUGUAACCAAGCCGAAGUCGAAGUCUCGCACUAGGAGUUCCAGCAAGAUGAGACGGCCGGACUCACGAGCCCGCCAGAGAUCUUCUAGCCGACACACAGCAAGCCGUAUUGCAGACAAGCGAGAUGCGUUAAACCGUGGCCGCAGCAACGAUCGACAAGGAUCUAGCACUCGGUCGCCCUCGUCACCUCUUCCCAUGUCUUUCCCCCGGGAUGAGCCCUCACAGACUGACGGUGCAGAUGAUCCCCUGAGAAUUGUUGCGAGCAACCAACAGAGGCUGAGGUCUCGCCAUCGCAGUGCCAGUCGUCGUCGUGCCGAAAGAGGCACAAGUGCUGCAAGUGCCAGAAGAGAUGGGUCCCCGGAAUCCAGACACAAAACAUCCCAGAGUCUUUCUGAGAUCCAACAAGGGCCUAAGGCUGAUCCUUGGGUACAGGCCUCUGAGCCGGUACAGUUAUUGUCGAGCAAGGUCUUUGGUCAAGAGCCACCUUUCAGUGAAUUUCCAAACGGACAGCCCAGCUCAACUGUGAAUGACUUCCAGGAUAUUGUAUCCCCAACAACGCCAUUCGUCAGUGUGGCAGAGAGAAAGAGGAGAGAGUUUGCAGCUGCUGAACUAGAAGCUCGGAGGCUAUCUCUUGCGCGCAACCCAUCGGCACCAAACAUUCCCUUCCCGGGCGAGCUCCAAAGCAUCAGAAGUCCCAUCGAAAGCCCUCCACCGUUCUCCGCUGGGAACUCGUACUUUCCACGAGCUCCAUCUCGAAAUAAAGUGACCCAGAGCAAGCCAUCCCCCGACUAUCCAAGCAGCUCGGACUCCAACUCUUCACGCUCCGGUAUGCCAGUUGGGCUCCCAGCAACUCCCCGAGCUAUGCGCCAUCCCAAGUACGGAGGAAACGGACAAGAUGAAGAACGACCUCCUUCCGUGCCGACCAUUCCUUCAGACACCAACCUUUUUCUCAGCAACGCCCGGUACCAAGGUGACGCCGAAAGAAUUGGUCGAUCAAUGUCUGUUCCCGUCCCAGAGAGCCAGUUUAGUGGCACAGCACCAAUGCCCACCGACCUCCCCAUGCACCCACGCUUCAACCCAGCCCUCCCGAGAAGCAGAUCUAGCAGCCGAAGCCGUAACACAGGCCACCGCCGCACCAGCUCAGGCGGCUUCAUCUCAGGCACCUCCCCCAACCUCACUGUAAGCAUCGAGGAGACAAUUGAACACGCAAUGCAGCGAGGACCCUCGGUAAACUACGACAGUAUCCCUCCUCCACCACCGCCGCCGCCAAUCCUUCCAGAAUUGCAGCAUCUCAAUACACCACCUCCACCUCCUCCAUUCCCAAUCUCUGCGGACCCCAUCUCACCGCGAGAGUCCUCCGCCACAAUCGACAUCGCCAUCGACAACAAUGAAGACCUUGGUCGUCUCCUUCCGCGGGCUAUGACUGCUGCCCCGGCUUUCAAUGUCCAUACACAGAGCGUUGGUCCUCAAUCUGGGAAUCGGCGUAUGUCCUUUGACCAUCGCCGGAACAGGAGCUCGAACGAGAGCUUCACCAACAAGUUAAGGAGCUUGACUCGUAUGCGAAGUACUGCUAGUCGCAGCGUUGAGCCUUGGUCGCAGGCUGCGGAGUCGGAUAUGCCAUAUGAGAGUAUGCAUUCGCAUGGUGUGGCCUCGAAUCAGAAUUAUGUCCUUCCGAGUCAGAGCUAUGUCUCGCCUGGUCAAAACUUCGUCUGA